GCCGCGAGCUAGGGCCGGCCGAGCGCAGCCGGCGCCCAGAGCGCUUGCGCACCGGCCGCUCAGACGCAGGGGUACAACCACCUCCGGCUCCCAGCUCGCGUUCCGCCACGCUCGCCAUGGCGGCCCCGCGGACCUCCCGCUAGCCCCGCCCCUCUGUGACGCGCCGGGGGUCACCUGACCCGGCUGCGGGGCUUCGGGGACAGAAGGGAAGUCGUUGCGGCCGGAGGGGCACCUCAGAAGCCUCCGUCUCCGUCUUCGCCGUCGCCUCCUCGGUCUCCGCCGCCAGAACCAACGCCGCCCCCGGACCCGUCCGACCCGUCGAAGCCCGCUCCCCCUCCCCGGCCCUCCCCUGCCCCGCACGAUGCCUUCCGAGAAGACCUUCAAGCAGCGCCGGACCUUCGAACAAAGAGUAGAAGAUGUGAGACUUAUUCGAGAGCAGCAUCCUACCAAGAUCCCGGUGAUAAUAGAAAGAUACAAGGGUGAGAAACAACUUCCUGUGCUGGAUAAAACCAAAUUCCUUGUACCAGAUCAUGUCAACAUGAGUGAGCUAAUCAAAAUAAUUAGAAGGCGCCUACAGCUGAAUGCUAAUCAAGCUUUCUUCCUAUUGGUGAAUGGACACAGCAUGGUGAGCGUUUCAACACCUAUUUCUGAAGUGUAUGAAAGCGAGAAGGAUGAAGAUGGAUUCUUGUAUAUGGUGUAUGCCUCUCAGGAGACGUUUGGAAAGAAAUCUUCGGUGUAAGACCUAGUACAAAGCUUCUAUACUAGAAUUUUUUAAGCCCUCACCCAGGAAAAAAGGGAUGUUACCAACUGAAAUUGAUCAGUUCAUCUAAUCACAGUUCACCAAAAUAGAAGUAUUACCACUAUAGGGGUUUUUAGUAAGUUGUCUCUUGUAUUACAUGCAUAUGUAAUAAUACAUGUUCAAUUCCAAAAGCAUAUACAGUACAGCUUUGGAAAACUCCUAUUUCACCGAGGAUAUCUUGUUUUUAAGUUUUAGGUUUAGAACAGAUAUUGCAUUCUAAGUUGCCAAUAAAAUGGACAUUUGAAUUGCUGUAGUGACUUUUUUUAAAAAUAGGAAUUUCAAUUCCAGUGGUAACCUUUAAGCAUUUAGUGAAACAAGUCUUUGUUCAUGGAAACUGCUGAUUUUUAUAGGAAGGUUUCUCUUUGACUGUGUACCUUUAAGUAGGCUUGUCAAAUGUCAUAUCUAUUUUUUUAAAGUCCAUUUACCGUCAGUGGUUGCAGCAAAACAGGGUAAAUGGGGGGCAAAAAAGUCUAGCUUAUUCUGGAAUCGAUGCAUCGAUUCCAACUUAGUGAACCAACUUUCUUGCUGUCACUUAUUUGUUUUCUAGUCAUACAGAGAAACACCAAGGAUUCUAUGGGUAAAUCGAAUGAUUUCUUUUAAAUGCUUGGCUUCCAGAAAGUCCUGAGAACAGAAGAAGGGCAUUUCUUUUAUUACGAAUUUGCUCUGAUUUAGAUUCUCAAAUCAAUGACUAUUUCAUUAAACAACUGCACCAGAAUAAGUCUUUGCUGAUGCAGUUAGAAACUACAUCCUAGAACUUUGGAGCAUUAAAAUUCAUUUUGCACUCCCUUGCACCUUUUGGGUUAAGUCUGUAGUCUGAUUUGUUAGGUUUCAAGUGGAAAAGUAACUGCUUCACUAAAAUACUUUAUUAAAAUUUUAACUGUAGGCAUACUUCAGCUAUCACUGUUAAUCAUUAAAACUCCUCCAGCCAGUUUACGUGCAUGUCAUUUUGUAAAGGAGACUGUAGCAAAGGGGUAAUAGCUGCUUUCAACAAUGUCGGUUUAUUUAAUAUCUUGAACAAAGGAUGAUAAGUGCUUCCUGCUACUUGCAUGGGGUUGACAACUUAUUUUCAUGGAGUGUCACAAAAAGUUCAUUGUUAUACCACUUGGCCUAAGUAUGUAUGUAGCAGAUCAGCUAAAAUUACCCUUGUAUAUUUAGAUGUGUGUGAAAUAUCUACAACUUUUAGUGAAAGUUAUUUACUAUAAUGGAGAAAAGCAAUAUUACUGCAUCUUGGCACUAUAGAUAAUAAAUGUAUACAACUUGUUGCCUUUGUUCACCUUCUGCAUGCAUCUGUCCAUAGUGCUAAAUUUUCUGAGUGUAUUUUUACUGCAUUGUAAAUUCUUAAUCAACCUGUCUUGUUAGGUUGUGUAAGAUGUUCAUGUUUAACAAAACACCUGACAUCAGUCUUGUAAUUGCUGUGAUCAGUAAGGUUCCUGUAAGAUAUGUUGCUUUUUUAAUUUAAUACAGUGCGGACAGGGAUGAAUUAUAUCCCAAAUUAACCUGAGUAGUAGUUUUAUUUCUAGGAUGUUUAAAAUUUAAGUAAAUUUUGAUCAGGCAGGGUAAAAAAAAAACAAAGCUCAAAACUCAAAAUGCAAUAUAAUUUUUUAUGAAAGGGUUCUAGGAUGUCACAUACUGUCCAAAAUGUAGCAUUUUCAACGAAUAUGUAAAAAGUACAAGUUGGAUGAGCAGAAUUCCAGGGUAAUUCAUGAGAACUAAAAAGGAUCAAGAAAUCACUGCAGUUUGCAGUGGCGAUUGACUGUAGUAAUUGAGAGAGGUGUAGGGAUGACAUAAAUAAAGGUAAUUGGAGAAAAAAAGCAGAGGGAGAGGAGGGAGGCUAGGCACACCAGCAUCACUGCUGCUCUUCUCUAAGCCAAUUUGAAAUGAGAAAAUGGCUCAUGGAGGUCAGUGGAAAAUCUGGAACAGGUUCUAGUAACCUAGUAGGACACACUUUUCUGAAAAUCACUAGCAGAAAGUUUAUAACAACUCAACCAGUUUUAGCCCAGCUUUAACUGAGAGCCACAAAAUUCUGUCUGUCCCACAAGGGUUAGGCACAGGAUAUAAGUGAGCUUCCUGAUUACAACUGUUUCUGAGGUUGGCUGUCUAUACUAAGUAGCCACACUGACUUCUGGAUUCCACAGUGAUAAUACUGUGUGUUACACCUUAUAAUGUUCCAAUCCCCUUCUAUCCCAGGUAAGCCCCUUGAAACCUGGUUGAGACUGGCCAUUUGCUAAAAAUCUCCAGAAGCCACAUGACCAGCUUUUCCUUUUUUUACUGGUAUUUACCGAUGGAAACAUACCAAAUACAAUAAAUAGGAUUUAAGGUGUCAGGGUAAAGGUCUUUCCAAGGCAUUUCAGGGUUUUUUUUUUCCCCUAACUGCUUCUUAGAAAACUUUUUUGGCCUAUUUCAUUUCCCAUUUUCAUAAAAGCUUGUUAACGGAAAUUCCUUAAUCACUAAACCCUUCUUGUAGUGUUUGUAUUCCUCUUUAGGAACUGAUGUAGAGUUACUUUACAUGUUAAUUGGACAACAAGCAGCAGGCAGAAUCUCAUUGGGGCGGAGGGAGAGGAGGAAGACUACAAAGUUAAUCGUAGUUUGCUUCAUGUCAUAGCCUCUCCUUGAUUAAAGAUGGACCAUAUAUACACAUUGGGCCAUAAACCAUCUCAGGUCAACUAGAGCGGUAAUUUAGCUAAUGUGUAUCGCUAGAUUUCAGAGAUGUUCUUGUAGAAACCCUGUUGAAAAUUUAAUGCCAGUUAAUUACCAUUCCAUUUGCAAAAUGUGAGGAAAGGAAAGUUGUUCUUGGGAGUCAAUGACCUGAAGACUUUUUUCUGAAAUGUCUUUUCUCAAAAUGACAAGAUCUAAUUCAAUGGCACACUAAGCCUGUUUUUAAUUUUUAUUUUCAGUACAUUAAAUUUACUCAUAAAAACAUUCUAAAAAUGUACAAUUUUUCCUUUUUAACAAAGUAUAAUAAAACAUAAAAACCCCAAUAACAGAAUACUUGACAUUUACAAUUCAAAAUCAAAUUAGCGGAAUAUUAAAUAUUUACAAAACUAUAUUUUUAAAAAAUAUUUAUAAAGUUACAUGCAUUUUGUAGAAUUGUGACAAAAUAAUGGCUCAAAAAUGGGAUAAUUUUCCUUCAUUCCUAACAUAAAAUUAUGUCCGAGAGUCUGAAGUUUAACUUGUACUUGAGUACAUAAGGUUUGCUUUCACAUUCAGUACCAAAUGCCUUUUGUGUAUGAACUUAUAAACGUAGAAAAUUUGAUGAGGGCUGUUAACAAUACACGUUUAUGUGGUUACAUCUGAGGAUUUAUUACCUUUGCCCCACUCCCUCAAAGUUAAUAUUGUAGUAACAUUUACCUUUGGCCUCAACCAGCACAGUAUAUAUACACAUAUAUACACACCUAUGUGUGUGUGUGUAUACAUAUAUACAUAUAUAUGAAUAUUGCAAGUGUUAAACAGUUCAAUAUGCUCUUUUUCAUUAAGACCCUUGGGAUUUUUUUUUUUUUAACAAUUAAGCCUUCCUUCAGAAUCCAUGGCUUUCAAUGUAAACUAUUUGAUUUGUUCUUUGGGACUAAUCCACAGUGAACAACUAUGGACAACAAAACUCACUUAUGCACAAGGAUUAUUUUUCUUGGUGAAAGUUGAAUAGGGGUAUUUCCCCUUAAUAAUUAAGACUUUCCAACAUAUUAAUGGCACCAGUUAUAUCAGUAUGUAGAACUAGCAAGGCCAAAAAAAAAAAAAGCCACUUAUGCAUCAGGAAUGACAACAAAAUGGCAGGGAACUAUUCACAACCAAAUUUUUGGCAGGUGCUUGAUAGUAAUCUAAGUUAUAAAAAAAUGAAGAUUGGAAGCCUAUAUACUGUGCUCAGAAAGAUUAAUGACUUGAUAUAGCUGAGUGAUAUUUUGGUAAAGUUACUACUACUGUGCCUCAAUACAUACAAUUUGUAGUGUAAAUGAACCAUGUUGACCUCUUGCAAUAAAGGAUCUACAGUUCUAAAUAUUUAAUAAAAAAUACUGAACCUAUUGCCUUCUAUUAA